GUCGCUGCUGUCAGGAGCCGGUAGGGGUGGGGGCAGGUGGCGGAGCCUGAUGGCUGCGGUCUUCCUGGUGAUGUUGUAUGAAUACUCGCCACUCUUCUACAUAACCCUCAUCUUCUUGUGCUUCUUUGUAACCACCGCCGUCAUACUGGGAUGGUUUGUUUGGGAUAUUCCCGUUAUUAUCCGGAAUUCGGAGGAGACCGAGUCCGGGGCCACAGUGCAAAAAAAACGCAUGGUGCAGGUGAAAAACCCAUUCGCAUUGGAGGUUUUGAACACCGAUACUGCAUCAGUUAUAGGUGGAGUAAGUCUCAAAUCUCAUUGCAUAGAGAAAUGCAUUUUGACUGUCUACUGGGGAUGCAAUGUUCAUAAACUUCAUGACGGAUUACAAAAACAUGUUUACAGCUUCAGAAUAAAGGUGCCCCAGAAACUAGAAGAAGCCAUAGAUCGAGAAUAUCUCCAUAAAGAGACAUUUCUCAUUGAGAAACAAAAUGACGAUGAAAAAUUCUCUCAGCUACCUAAAUAUUUAGCAGUAAAAGAUUUUGGGAAUCUGCCUCGAACACGAUAUCCACUAGUAGCAUUGUUAACUUUAGCAGACGAGGAAGACCGGGAUAUUUAUGAAAUUGUUUCUAUGGUCACAGUAAUUCAUGUUCCAGAUGAGAAAUACAGACUCACCUGCCGGAUCUUAUACCAGUAUCUGCUGACUGCACAAGGUCACAUAUAUGACCUUAAGAGACUGUUUGUACCUGUUGAUGAAACCAGUUUACCUGCACACCUGCCUUCAGAAACUAGCCUGGACAAAAAACUCCUGGAAAAAUUUGGCACCACAGAAGAGCAGCUUGACUCUCAAAAUGAAAGCAGCAAAGAUUGUGUUGUGUGUCAGAAUGCUGCUGUGAACUGGGUUCUGUUGCCCUGCAGACAUGCCUGUCUAUGUGACUGUUGUGUGAAUUACUUCAAUCAAUGCCCCAUGUGCAGAGAGUUUGUUGCAGAAUCUUUUGCCCUCUUACGAACAGAAGAAGAAGUUGGUGCAGUUAAAGGUGACACUGAUAAUCAGAUAUUUGAAGACAUCUGGGAAGAAUCAGAUGAGGAAAACAUUCAUACUGAUGUAAAUGAACAGCUUGACCUUUAAUGAAAAAGGCAAAUUAAAUUUGGCACAUACAGCUUUUACAAUAUCAAAGGUCUGUGUGCAAUCCACAGGUAUAAACCUUGAUGAAGGAUUAUGUAAGAUGUUUUGUAAUUAAGUUAUUUGCGACAUCGUUAUUUCUGAGUAGUUUAAAACAGGAAUAACAUUUACGUGUGUGUGUGUGUGUGUGUCAGUGGUGCGGGAUUCAAAAGAAUUAUAUUAACAAAUAAAUCAAUAGUUUAAACUUCUCCAGAAGCACAAUAACAUCUGUACAGCUUAACUUGAGUAAAUUAGACUUUGACUUUUUUAAACAUCAACUUAUUCCUACACUAUAAAUUGUUUCAGGUUCUUGCAAGCUUUAGUGGUAAUUAUAUUCAGAUCUUCACUUCUGUUACUUUUUGUGGAACAAGUCAUAACCUUUCUGUAUCUAUCUCAAAAAUUUUCAGUGAUUUAUGCCUGUUUUUACAAAACUCAUCAUAACGGGACAUUAAUUUAAGGACCUGUUUAGAAUUUUUUGUCUUAGUUUCCCAGCUACAGUCAGCCAUGGUUUGAGAGUCUGGCAAGCAGGUAGGCCUUUGGCUUGGGAAGUGGAGAAGAGGGAGGAACUGUUAAAAAGUCUGGGUGUUUGGAGUAAAAAUCAGAGACCUUCCUGGGGCAGACCAGAAUGUUGUAGAGGAGAUCACGCAAGUUAGUAGUAAAUCAGGAGUUAUGAUUGUGAGAGGUGGAUAAAACAAAUGACUUAAAGACGUUUGCUUUCCAGCAGUCCUCCCCACCUUUUAGUCAACAGAUUCAUAAAAUGGUUACAGCGCAGAAGCACGUUAGUCAGUCUGUUGUAUCAGUGUUGGCUUUACAAAGAACCAAAUUACCCAUUGUCUCACUGUAACCUUUUCUUUUGUAGCCUUGCAGAUUCUUACUUUUUUGGAUAAUAAUUCAGUAGCAUCAUAACUGCAUCAAUCAACCCUGCCUCCAGCACACUCAGGCAGUACUUUCCAGAUUCCAAAACCAUUCCAUAUAUGAGAAUUUUUUUUUCAUGGCUCUGGCGCUUUUGUUAGUUAUCUCAUUUGUACUCCUGCUCCCAUUGACGGAAGGACCAAGAAUAUUUUUCCCAUCUAUUCUGUAAGACCCCUCAUGAUUUUGUACGCUUCUACUGAAAUUCCUCGCAAGCUUCUUCAACAGUCCCAAGCUGACUAGCCUAUCUACAUAAUGAAGUUCCUCAUCCCUGGAACCAUUGUCAUUAACAAUUUCGACACUCUCUCUUGUGCACUAAUGUAUUUUCUGAAGCAUAGUACCUACAACUGGAUGCAGUACUCCAGUUGACACCAAACUAGGGCUCCAUACAAGCUUAAUGUAACCUGGUAAAAACCAAAAGAACUGCUGGAAAUCUGCUCCAUUCUGAGGAAGGGUCACUAUGUCUGAAAUAUUAAUUUCUCUCCACAGAUGCUACCUGACCUGCUGAGCUUUUCCAAAAAGUUAUUUUUGUUUAACAUAACCUCCUUGCUUUUGCACUCUAUGCUCUUUUUGAUAAAACCAUACGUUUUAUGAACCACUCUCUUAACUGGCCCUGCUCUUUUCAAACACGUACCUACGCAUACACUCAGCUCCUGCUGCUUCAGUACUCCUUUACAAUUGUACCUUUUUUAAGGUUGUCUCUCCUCGUUCUUACCACUAAAAUGGAUUGCCCUGCAAUUUUCCACUUGUCUGUCAUUCAAUCAACUUGUUUAUGUGUGCAAAUUUAUCCUCCUCACUGUCAGAAGUCACACGACAUCAGGCUAUAGUCCAACAGGUUUAUUUGAAUUGACAAGCUUUCGAAGCGUUGCUCCUUUGUCAGGCGAUGCAACUUCACCUGACGAAGUAGUAGUGCUCCAAAAGCAAGUGAUUACAAAUAAAUCGUUGGACUAUAAUCUGGUGUCAUGUGACUUCUGACUUUGUUCACUCCAGUCUAAACCCAGCACGUCCACAUCAUGGCUCCUCAGUGUUGAUAAUGCUUUCAAAAUUUAUCAUAUUUGAAAUUAUGCUCUAUUCACCAAGGUCUGGACCAUUAAUGUAUGUCCUGAAGAACAGUGCCCCUUACUCCUCCCUGGGGCACCUCAUUACACAUCUUCCUCCAAUCCAAAUUGACUAAUUAUGAUUGUUUCCAGUUUCUCAGCCAAUUUUGUAUCUACAUCACUAUGUUCCCUUUUUAUUUCAUGAGUCAUAAUUUCAUUCAUCCAGUGUAAAAUCACAUUAUAUUUAUAAAUCCGUAUGCACUAUGUCAGCAGCAUUACCUUCAUCAACCCUCUCUGUUGCCGCAUCAAUAAACUCCAGAAAGUUAGUUGAAUGUAGUCUGCCUAUAACAAAUUUAUGCAGGCUCUCGUUAAUUAACCUGCAUUAACCCAAAUGAUUAAUUUCUCCUAAAUUAAUUGUUAGUGGAAGCUUUCCUGCUGUUAAGGUUAAACUGACUGCCCUGUAAUUUCUGGGUUUGUCUUUUUAUCAUUUUUGUAACGGAGUGUAAGUUUUGCAAUUUUCAGACCUGUGGCACCAUUCCCAAGUCUAAGGAAGCCAGGAGAAUUGCGUCCAGUGUCUCUGUAAUCUCCACUUGCGCUUCCCUCAUGUAUGCUUCAGCGUAUUAUUGUACUUGGUCCUAGUAGCAAGUCAACAGUAAUACAGUUAACCUAUCCAGUGCUUUCAUCUUAGAAAUUUAAGAUGGUUCAGGUGUAUGAACUAUCACUUCUUUUACCACGACUUGUGUGGAUCAUCUUCUUUGAUUAACUUGGAUGCAAAGUAUUUUUAAAAAUACCUCAGCUAUGCACCCUACCUUCUAACCCACUCCUACUCUUAGCAUCUAUUUUACUAUUUAUAUCCCUGUUGAAGGCUUUUGGAUUCCCCUUGUGUUCACUGAUGGUCUCUUUUCAUUUCUUUUAUGAAACAAAGACCUGUGAAUGCUGCAGAUCUGAAACAAAAACAGAAAUUGCUGGAAAACCCAGCAGGUCUGGCAGCAUCUGUGGGGAGAAGGCAGUGUUAACGUUUCAACUCUUUAUCAAAAGAUUUUUUAUUUGAUUUUUCACUUUGUCUGAAGUUUAUAUAUUUUAACCCUGUAGAUUGUGUAUUAGCCACCUGACAUAUAUCAUAAACAUACUUUUUUCUUCAUCUCUACUUUUUCAUCCUUCAGAGCACUUUGAAUUUGUUUGGCCUAUUUUUCCCCUUGAAAAUACACUAUGCCUGUAUUCAAAUCAUCUCCAGUCAACUUGUACCCAUUCCUGCCCUUCUUCGAAUCAGGUCUCUGAUAUAGCCAGGAUGUCAUAUUUCCACAUGGCAUUCCUUGUCUGCUUUCUUACUAAUCUUGUUUACUGAGAGAAAUGCACUCUCAUGCAUGCAUAGUAACCCUAAUGAGGACUUGAUUACCUUUUCCCCCAAUCUAAACCCAUGUAAUACCUCUUUCCUAUUGCAAUCUUUCUCCUCCAGAAUUCUGUACAUCUUGGUGUUUCUCUCUGAUGUUAGCUGCUGUCAGUCCAGUCAUUAUCCUAUUAAACUUCCUUUAAGAGUACUAGCAAGUUGUCCCUCAAGCAUAUCUGUUAGGUGCACCUUGCCUGUACGUCUUUUAUGUUUGCCCCAGAAUUUAAUCUCAAUGUUCCAGGAAUCACACGGUGCUCUUAUCCAGUGUUUCCAGCUGUUGGCACGUUUGUAUUAUCUUCCAAUUUCUAUAUUCACUUGUGCACAAACUGGUAAUAGUCUGUAGAUUACCACUUGCAUGGGUACAUAUGAAUUAGGGUCAGGUGUAGGCCAUUCUGUCCCUCGAGCCUACAGUGCCUUUUGACAAGAUUGUAGCUGAUGUGAUCGUAACCUCAACCCUACUUUCCCUUUUGACUUCCUAUUACUCCAGUAAAUAAGCAUCUCUGCCUCACUAAUAUUUAAUGAUGCAGUCUCUCCUACUGUCUGGGAAAGAGAAUUAAACAAACUCCUGUCCCUCAGUGAAAACAUUUCUCUUCUUUUCAGCCUUAAAUGGGAGACUCCUCUCAUUUUAAACUGUUCUGUGGUUCCUAUUUCACCCACAAGGAGAAAACACCUUCUAGCAUCCACCUGGUCAAGUUCACUGGAUCAUGUGUGUUUCAGUACGAUCACCCUCCGAAAAUCCAAUAGAUGCAGGUCCAAUCUUCCACCCACCCCCGCAAUCCCAGGAAUCAGUCAAGUGAACAUUCUGUGAAAUGCUCCGAUCUGAAUCAAUUUUGAUGAUGAGUCACUCAACCUGAAAAGUUAACUCUGUUUUGCUGUGCACAAAUGCUGCCUAACCUGCUGAAAUUUUAAAAUAAAUUUUGUUUUUCAUUUAAAAUUUCCAGUAUUGCAAUAUUUUGCUUUUGCUUUUAGCACCUUAAAUUUGAUUAUUGCACUGGAUUUCCCCCACAAUUGUUCUGCCUAUAUCAUUGGUACCAAUGUGGACCAGUGGCUCUCGCUGUUUACCAGCUUGGCCCUCUGCAACCACUGAAUGACAUACUUGAUCCUCGUACCAGGAAGACAAUAUACUAUGCUGGAUUCAGUUGCUCAAGACUCAUGGCUGCAGCAAGGUUGAUCUGGAUAUUUUAUUUUCCUUUUGUUUCUGUUUCUUUAACUUCUGCUUUUGUUUUUAAUUCUGACUAUUGUAUUCUAAGGUGGUGCUGGAGGGUGGUUGCUGUGUACACUUUUCACUGUACUCCUGUACUCUGGAACAUGUGACAAUAAAAUCUGAUCAAAUCAAGCAGUCAAUUUGAGCAUGCUGCCUAAAUAUAAGGCACACUGCUUCUUUCCGGCCCACUUUUGUUAAAGCCAGAUAAUAGAUAUUUAAUAUUUUCACAGGUUUUCAGGAGCUAAAUUUCCCUCAUUUAUUUCUGAAUUUUGAGAGUCUGUAGUGCUGUGAUGCAAUGCUGCUCAGUAUGUGUGUGUGUGUGUGUGUGUGUGUGUGUGUGUGUGUGUGUGUGUGUAUAUAUAUACUUUUAAAAAUGAAUUUAUAUUUUAUGAACCAUGGGUAAUUAGUCUCUGUUUAUUACCAUCAUUUAGCCAAUACUGACAGCUAAGAAAGUGGGUUCUUUGAAAUUGUAAUAUAGGUCAACAUUCCAACAGAAUAGUAAACAUAUGGUGCAUAUCUUACGAUUUUUAUGCCAAGCUAUGGAUUACUUGUACAGUGCCUGAAAUGUAACAUCAGGUUUUCUAGGUAGUCUCAUGGAAAAAAAACUGAACACUAAGUUUCCUUUUUAUACAUCAUAUACAGUUAUAUUUCUAUUUCCACUUCCAAGUUACUCUAAUACCUCCUUUUUAAAAUACACACAGCUUCAUUAAUCAUUUUAAAAUUGUAACUCCUCGGUUGUUUAGCAGUACUGUUUUGAUAUUGAUUCUCAAGGGUGUUAACUUUCAAGACAAAAAUGUGUAAUUUUAUUUGAUUGCCCACAGUAGGACACAUUAAAUGCACAGAGUUCAUUUUGCCUUAUGCUUCCGGGAAAUGUUGAGGUUUUGCUAUGUAAGUGUAUUUUUUUACAACAAAAGCAACACAAUGAUUGGAAUUAUAAGUAGGAGCCUUGAAUGAAAACAGAUCAAAGGUUAUUAACCAUCCAGAUCACUCAGUACAACCAAUUACAGCUGUAGCUCCAUACAUAUCACUGGGUUUUCUUUGCAGACUGUAAUGAGGAACAGUCUUGAGCAUCUCCUGACAUUCAAUAAUUGUUCUGUAAUGACCAGAAUAUUCAAGAUGUCAAGACAAAUAAGUUUGCUAUUUUAUAUUUUAAGUGAUCAUGAUAAUUAUAACAUUUCUCAUCUGAAGAAACAAAACAAAUUGGAGAAUGCUAUAAAUAAUUAAUCAUCUGGUAAGCAACACAUUUGAAUAUUAAUUUUCCAAGAGAAAUCCCAUUUAUAGCUAUCUUCUAUUUUUCAGAGAUUUCUAGUUCUACUGCUUACUUGCACCGCUCAAUAUGUUGGGUUUUUAUGAAAUGCUCAAGGUUUGUGAAAAGGAUGAUCUGGCUUUAGUCAGGUUCUCAUAUGUUUAGAAAUCCGUGUGCUGUCCAUCAAAUAACUUGUACAGGAGACCUGUCAUACUAUCUCAAAAAGAUUGAAGUCUACCUUUUCUGUGUGGAGUUCAGCCUAUUUGUGUGUAAAGUGUAAUUACUUAUUGCAUUGAUGGGCUGUAAAUACCAGUGGGAUAGUUUGGUCCUCUGUCAGCCUGAGCACUGCUCUUCUGAACAAUUACUUUGAAGGAUCCAGAUUGAUAGCUGUUCUGAGACUAAUGAAGGGAGUCGGAGCAUAAAGUCUCAUUUAGGUUUAUCUGCUAACAUGUAUUGAAAGCAAAAUAAAAUCAGCAGUUGUGCCCGCAAUGGUAUGGCAUUUCAAUUUCUGGCUAAAGUACCUGAAACACCUCAACUACAGGUCAUUGUUAGCCCUUUUCGUCUACAGGCCCACCUAAGGCAACUUUCACAGCUAAUUCCCAUUGGCAAGCUGAGGACUUACUUUCCAUGCCUACAUGAAUCCUUCCCCUACUCCUUUUAAAUUGGUAAAGGAAGCUCUGCACACCUUUCAACAACAAAAGACCAAAGAGUUGGCAGAACUUUGUUUUUGUCAGCUUGGUCCAACAAAAUCCAAAAAAAAGGGCUGGUCCUGAAAUUAAUAAAGUGGCUAAGAUUGAAUCCUGGUCCAUUUCCAAAACACUGUAACAGUUUUUAGAGGUGAAUUUCAUUGUGAAAAGACAACUGUCCCUUUUAUGUCAGUUACAUACAACUAGUACUUUUAAUCUGUAAGGUUGACAAAGUGGGAGGCAACGACCAAGUGCUAUUUUCAUGAAACUGUCAUUCCAGAGACCUAAGUUUGAAUCCCAUCUUGGCAGAUGGUGAAAUUUGAAUUCAAUAAAGAUCUGGAAUUAAGAGUAUUGAUGACAGUUGUCAGUUGUUGUAAAACCCAACCGGUUCGCAAAUAUCCUUCAGGGAAGGAAAUUUGCCAUCCUUACCUGGUCUGACCUACAUUCAACUCAAGCCUCACAACAAUGUGAUUGACACUUAACUGGUCUCUUGGAAAUUAGGACUGGGCAAGCCAACAAUGCUGUCAAUCCAUAAAUGAAUUAAAAUGAAAUGAUCAAGUCACGUUAUAUCUAAAGUUUUAAAAACAACAUUUCAUGGUCAAAAAAACAGCCAAAUUAGUUACAUCACACAGACCAAUUUAAAGAAAACCUACAGCUCUUUUUUUUCUAAGACUUCAAUGCAACGUAUAUUUUGUUUCUCGAAGAUUCUUCAUUAUCACUGUGUUUUGGAUCUGUGCAGUAACGAUUCUAAACUCUUUAAAACUAAAAUCUUAUAGAUAACUGAAUUUGGUCGGUCUCUCCUCAAAGUAAGCAUUCCAUGUCCCUUCUUCUGUUACUCCCAGACUUUAGGCCAAAACCCAUAAUAGUGUCUUGCAACUGCUUUCGUGGCACAAAUUUCUGUGAAUUCUUGUAAUCAACUAAAAUGGGGCCGCCUUAUUCCAAGUGCUCUCUAGAGACUUCAGCACUAUGUGAAAGAGCAGUUAGAGAUGUUAUCUUUCAGAUAAGAAAUUAGAUUGAGAUUCUGUCUGAGUUUGACAUAAAAGAUCCCACAGCACUGUUUUGAAGAAGAGCAAAAGAUUUCUAGCCAAUAGUGUGAUCAUUAUUUGAGACCUCAACCAACUUGAUUUGACAGUACAUCCACCAUCAAUACACAGUAGCAGCAGUGUCUGCCAUCUACAAGAUGCACUGCAGAAAUUUACCAAGGUUCCUUAGACAACACCAUUUAAAAUGACAACUUUCAUCCAGAAGGACAGCAGAUACAAAGGUAUGGUACCACCUGCAAGUUCCUCCCUAAACCUCUCUUAUGUAGCAAAAAAAAACUCACAAAGAUAGAUGUCGAUCCAUUACAGGCAGAGACAUGAGAAUGUAUAAUAGCAAAUAGAGAAAUGGCAGAGAAGCUAAAUAAGUACAACGCAUCUGUCUACAAAGAAGAAGUCACAAGAAGGCUUCCUCAAAUAAUUAAGAUCCAAGGCUCUAGUGAUAAAGUGGAACUAAAAGAAAACAGAAUUAGCAGAAAUGUAAUAUUGGGGAAAUUAUUGGAAGUGAAGUUAACAAAUCCCAGAUCUUUUACACUAGAGUUUUGAAAGAGGCAGCAGAGAUAGUGGGUGCAAUGUCUCUAAAGCUUCUAUUAAUUCUGCAAGGGUGCCCGCUGAUUGGAAGUUUGCUGAUGUAACCACCCCUGUCCCCGCCAAGCAUUGGCAGACCUAUUAGCCUGACAUCAAUAAGAGGGAAAAUACUUCAAUCUAUCUUAAAAGAUGUUAUCAUUGAACAUUAGAAAAUAAUUGCAUGCACUGACUCAAAUCAUGUUCAAAAAAACUGAUAGAAUUUGUUGAUGUCGAUGAGGUAGAACCAGUGAAUGUGGUAUAUUUGUGCUUUCAGAAGAUGUUUGAUAAAGCCCCACACAGGAGGUUAGUAAACAAACUAAAGUGCAUGGAAAUGGAGGUGGUAAUAUCCGAGCAUGAAUAGAGGAUUGAUCAACAAGGAGAAAGAAGACAGUAGGAAUAAACAGGUCAUUCUCAGGUUGUCUGAUGUGCUCAUAGGCUACCAUAAAGAUCAAUGUUUGGGACCACACUGUUCACAAUCUAUAUCAAUGAUUUCAAUGUGGAAACCAAUUGUGAUCAUGCCAAGUUUGCGACUGAUAUAAAAUGUGGAGGAAAUAUAAAUUGUAAGGAAGAUGGAAAGAAACUUCAAUUGGCUUUAGUCAGCUGGUAGAGUGAGCAAGAACAUGGGGAAUAGAAUAUAAUGCGGAUAAAUGCAAAAUCAAACACUUUGGUAGGAGGAACAAAAGUAUAAGGGAGAUAGAGGGCUUGAUGAUGUGCUGCGAUGAAAACAAUCCGUCUCUCAAUGUCAGCAAAACUAAAGAACUGAUCAUUGACUGCAGAUAGAAAGGAGGAGUACAUGCCCCCAUCUACAUUAAUGGAACUGAGGGCGAAGAACAUCAAGUUUGGAGUGACGAUAACUGACAACCUGUUCUGGACUUGCCAUGAACUUGCAACAGUCAAGAAGGCACAACAAAGCCUCUUCUCCCUCAGGUGGCUCAGGAAAUUAUGCAUGUCCAUAAGGCCCCUCACCAAUUUUUUACAGAUGCACCAUUAAAAACAUAUUGUCCAGGUGCAUAAUGGCCUGGUAUGGCAACUGCAGAAGGUGGUGUGCGCUGCCCAGAGCAUCAUGGAAGCCAGCCUUCCAUCCAUGGACUCCAUUUAUAUGGCUCGCUGCCGUGGAAAGGCAGCCAACGUCUUCAUAGACCCUUUGCAACCUGGGAAUGAUCUCCCUCCAUCAGGCAGAAGAUACAGAAGCCUGAACACGUGCACCAGCAGGUUCAGGAACAGCUUCUUCCAGUUGUUAUCAGCCUGAUGAAUGGAUUCUCUAACCUCAAAUAAUGAUUGAUCUUGCUAACAUUGAUCUUGCCUACCACAUGUCCUGCAAUGUAAUCUGUAUGUCUCAAAGUCUUUUUUGAUCUGUACAUCCUUUGCAUACUGUGAUCUGUCGGUACCACUCGUAA